AUGAAGGGGGAGAAGUCAGAUGCUUUGGUUGAGAGGGCUAUGUCAAUGGGGAUUGAUUGUGAUGCUGAUACCCUUGAGCAGCUGCGUCAAGUGCCUCUUCUGCACUUGACUCAAUUGAUGAGCACUCACCUCACGGACGAGAAGCAUGUCGUUAGCGCACUUUUGGUUUUGGCUCGUGCAACAACAGGUCGUGAUUGUCUAACCGAUGAAGAGGCUGUGGUUAUAUUGCGAUUUUUUACCGGGAAGCUAACCUCGUUGCCAAAUGUUGAGGCCGCCGUGGAGUCUAUAUCACUUGUCGUUGAGGACUUGUCUACCCAACGAAGUUGUACCAAGAUGCUUUUUGAUGUGCUCUCUGACGGUUUUUUGCGAAAUGUUGGGUUUCAAGCUUUACCGACGAAGAUCCGACGAUGUGGAUAUAAGAUUUUCAUGUUUAUGGUAACAAAAAAGACCAUGCCGUGGCUUGCUACGCCAUUUCUUCGACUACUUUUGAAUGCAUUAGAUGGGGAGAGUGAACCGGAACUUGUGAUGCAUGCUCUUGACCUUCAGUAUUUGAUUAGCAGAUGCGUGGAUAAAGAUGUUAUGGAACCUCUGUUAGAGGACUAUUUCGAUAGUCUUUCCAGCUACUUUCCAGUUGUGUUUUCGCAGCCGCCAGAGUGCCCCGUAACAAGAGAUGACUUGAAGCGAGCCCUCACCAGGUGCAUGACCUGUCCGCUUUACGUGGAUUUGUGCGUCUCAUUCCUCUUGUCAAGGUUACCAUCUCCAUCAUCUGUCGUAAAACAGGAGUCAAUUGAGGUGUUUUUGGAACUCUUUUCUCCCAAUUCAAGGCAUUCUAUGGACGAAUUGAAACCCCACUUGCUUUCCGUUGUGAGUCAUGUGCGGAAUGAAGUAGUUCGAGCAGUAUCGGUUGGUUGUGGCGAUAGUGAUGCGUUUUUGCAAGGUUGUAUGAAGUUGUUGGGGUUCAUUGCUAAAAGAACUCAUGAUACUUCUUAUACUUCUAUUCUAUCUUGGUUAGAACCGAUAACCAGUGGAACUUUGGCAAGUUUGAACUCUGGUCGUGUGGUGUGUUCAGCAUAUGCCACAAUGUUGUACCAUCUAGCGUCCAGCGACGUGUGUUGCAGCACGUCAUUGGCCCGCUACUUUCUGCCAUUACUACUAAUGAAUGUACAACAAGAAAUUGAGAGUGAUGUUGACGAUUCUCUUCUUAUAUUAUCGGCGUUGCUGACUGGUUUUUUUGAUUUGGGUAACGCCAGUGGUAGUCUCAAUGGAUCCAUACCCAAGGAUGUUAUGAGGGAAAGCCUGCAAGUUGGUUCGUCAGGGCUUUUUGAGUUUGCAGAAAAAAAGGUACUGGAGUUGCUUGACAGGGCUGAACCACCUUCGGUGUUCAUCAAAUGUGAGUUCCUUUCAUCACUUUUGAGUCUAGCUGCCUAUCUAUGUCCGUGGAUGCCGGAUGAGAUUGUUCAGGUGUCCUGCAAAAGACUUGUAUCCAUUUGCUUGUGUGGAGACCAAAACAUCAGUGAGAAGGUUGCCAAUUGCAUUUCUCGUAUUGGUCGUGUACAGGGAGACAUUCUGAAGGAUGUUCUGCUCAAUGCAAUAGAUGAUGUGGAGCCUGGGGUCACCGGUGUUUUUGCACUCUACCAAGGUCUGCUGUCAUCAUCCGUUUCAACUGCGGUGACAGCAAUGGAAAUUUUGUUGAUACCAUCCAAGACGUCUUUUGCAGAUCGGCUUCCUGAGGCCAAUGUGUUUUCAUUAUGCCUUCAUGGUCUCUCUGAGCAUGAGGAUAUAUCAGGGGAGACGGCACUGCGUCUGUUGACUCUGUUGGUUCAGAGAGACUCAGUUGAGAGUUUUGAGUUGAUAUGCGAACUGCUCUUGAGGAUCCCGAUAACUCUUCAUGGCACAACCCUGUUGCAAAUGAUCGAUGAAAAACGGUGGGGGAUUUUGAUGACGGCGCUUCUUUCUUGUUGUGAAUCAGACAUACUUCACGUUGCAGAAUCUACUGAACACUGGGUAGCUGAACUAUUGACCGGCGUUUGCCAAAAAAAUCUUCAGUGCUUGGCUAUGCAGGGUGUGUCAGCUUUGUGUGCCCGCGUGCCGAGUGUUUCCGAUGCUUUUCUCGAAAGGUCGAAAUGUUGUGAUCCUGCAGCUGCGCUUGCUUUGUAUGCCGCAACUGCCCGAGGUCUGCUAGUGGCUGGUGAGGUUAUGAACGAUAAGGUCGAGCAAAUCACAGAGAGGUUGAUUGGCGCAGUCUGCGAAGGUAUAGAUGCUGACGACGCGUUGGUCGCCACCUUCUUUUUUCCGUCUCAUGGCUCCAAGAGAUCCAUAAGUCUCCUCGUCCCACUGACCCUGAGUGCACGGAAAAGCGGAGCUCCUUUGCCGUUGAAACUAAUAAGGAUUCUCGUUUUGCUAAUAAAAAAAGAAGCAUCUGUCUUGAAUUUUGAUUGGAAUGGUGUCCUAGAAAUCUGCAGUAAGGUGGCGCGACAGGAGCGGACUGAGGAUAUUGUCGUUGGUAUUGUAGAACUUCUUGACAGCAUAUUCUCUCGAAUAGACUCUAAAAUCUUCUUUAUGCGACUUCUUGUGAUGGAUGGUAAUCUUUUCCACCUCAUUCAAAGUGGUGUACGUUCUUCGGCCCUGCGCACGCGGUGUACUUCAUUAAGCCUACUAUCACAAGUAGCUUUAAGUGCGGUGCAACUCUCCACGCAGGGUAGUGGGGAUGAAUAUAGCCACAGAGAGGAAGUGAUGCGGUUGAAAGGGGAUGUGCUGCAUGUGGUACAGCCUGCGCUGAAUGAUCACAAACGAUUAGCUCGUCGCGCCGCUGCAUACUGUGCAAACCAAUGGUACAAAUUAAAGUAG